AUGGAGGGACAGAAGCUGUCAUCCUAUGGGCGACGCUUUGGCUCCCAAGCCACCUCUGUCCAUCAGGCUCUGAGGUUCUCACCUGGCCGCAGGUACCUUCCAUCAAAUCCCACUACCCGGUUCUCUGUCACCAAGAUGAAGACGGCUAGCCUCAGCUUCCGUGCUGGUCCCAAAUUUUCUCCAGACAAGGUGGAUUUCUCCUUGGCAGAUGCCCUCAACACAGAAUUCAAGGAGACUCGCACCAAUGAGAAGGUGGAGAUGAUGGAGCUGAAUGACCGCUUUGCCAGCUACAUCGAGAAGGUCCGCUUCCUGGAGCAACAGAACAAAGUUUUGGUGGCCGAGCUCAACCAAAUCCGGGACAAGGAGCCCACCAAGCUGGCUGACAUCUACCAAGAAGAGCUGAGGGAGCUUCGCCGCCAAGUGGAUCAGCUCUCCAGUUCCAAGGCCAGGCUGGAGAUUGAGAGGGACAAUCUGGUGGAGGAUCUCAAUAAUCUCCGGCAAAAGUUACAGGACGAGAUUAAUCUGCGUCUGGAAGCUGAAAACAAUUUGUCUUCCUACAGACAGGAUGUUGAUGAUGCAGCAUUGGUCCGCAUAGACCUGGAACGGAAAAUUGAAUCCCUGCAAGAGGAGAUCAACUUCUUAAAGAAAGUCCACGAUGAGGAGCUGCGAGAAUUGUUGGAACAGCUGCAGCAGCAGCAAGUUCACAUCGAGAUGGACAUGGCCAAGCCAGACUUGACAUCUGCCCUGCGGGAGAUUCGCAUCCAGUAUGAAUCCAUGGCCUCCAACAAUAUGCAUGAGACUGAGGAGUGGUACAAGUCCAAGUUUGCAGACCUGACUGAUGCAGCAGCUCGAAACAUUGAAGCCCUGCGCCUGGCCAAGCAGGAAGCAAAUGAAUACCGCCGGCAACUGCAGGCCCUCACUUGUGACUUGGAGUCCCUGCGAGGAUCGAACGAAUCUCUGGAGAGACAGUUGAGAGAGAUGGAAGACCGCUAUGCCCUUGAGACAGCCAGCUACCAGGACACGGUGAGCCGGUUGGAAGAAGACACUCGGAGUCUCAAGGAGGAAAUGGCCCGGCACCUCCAAGAAUAUCAGGACCUCCUGAAUGUCAAAUUGGCCCUGGAUGUUGAGAUUGCCACCUACCGCAAGCUGCUGGAAGGAGAGGAAAGCAGGAUCACUAUCCCUGUGCAGACUUUCUCCAACCUUCAGAUCCGAGAAACAAGUCUGGACACAAAAUCUGUUUCUGAGGCCCACCUGAAGAGGAGCAUAGUGGUCAAAACAGUGGAGACCAGAGAUGGUGAGGUGAUCAAGGAGUCCACCCAGGAGCAUAAGGAGGUCGCAUGAAAACGGCAGCCACACAGUAAAGGAGGAUGCCUGUAGCUGUAGGAUGCUAGGAGAACCUGCCUGCCUUUCGAUGCUUCCAUCUCCUGGCCUACAAACAGCAUAUGGAUAUGUGUAUGGAUAUGCAGCGACCACACCAAACAUAUCACCACCGGCUAGAGACAGGAAGCAUUUGCAAAUCUAAUUACGCAAGAGUAAGACUGGCCAGCUGCCAUCCAGCCUGUAGAUUCAGCCUUUUGCAGGCAUCUUUGGGGGCCAGCUCUAGUCUCUUAUCCUGCCUCCUUAAAUUGGCAUGUUAACUUCUCCAACAGAUGUUUAGACCAGACUGUAGCUUGUCUAGAUAUCAACUUAGUCUUGAUGCCAAAAUCUGAUCAAUAAACUUACUAAUAAAUAGGAUCAAAUGUUAUUGUUGAUUAAAGGAAUGUGCUGCAGGA